GACGCAUGCGCAGAUGAGAGGACGGGGGUAACCGCUCCAUCGUCGCAGGCGGAUGACGCACUUUUAUAUUUUAUCCGCUUUCUCCGGGCUCACAGUCCUCUAACCGAAUCAGACACUCUUGGCGUGGAAGAAGUCUGACCACAAGAACAAGCAAAAGUGCGCAAGUAUAAUUCAUUGAGAGCGGAUUGACUGAACUUCCAAAAGACUCAUCAAAUCACACAAACUCCAAGAAGAGAAACGAAUAAGUGUGAGGAGUUCAUGGCAUAAAUGGCACCGGGCAGGUCAUCUAACAUGAGAGAAAAAGGAGCCGUCUUUGUAGUUAUCAUUUCCCCGCAGUGAGGUGUCUACGGGCCAAGUGAAAAAGGAAUCUUAGAAGAGGAGAGCAGACACUUGGCGAAAAUAAAGAAAUUUACCUGAAGCAUGGCAUCAGUCAAAGAAAUUGGUGUGGAUGAACGACUGAUGCACAUUAAGCAAGAGGACUGUGAUUGGGGUGUACCCGAGGAUUUGUGUAUGAAGAUGGAGGACUGUGAAAGAGGAAUAUCAGAUUAUAAAGAGGAGGAGUCCAAGAGGAUGACUGUUGAAAUUAAAGUUGAAGGUUCAGAUGGUUUCUCAGUCAGUCUGGAAGUGCAAAAGCGUGAAACUGGGGAUCAUUUCAAGCAAGAGACUUUUGAAGAAUCGCAUUCUAUUUCACAGCCUGGGGUCACUAAUAUGGCUACCCAGCACAAUUCUAUGGAACCGAUUCCAGAGUUGCCCGAGUUUGAGAAGAAAAUCAAUGAUGGAAGUAGGAGUGAAGCAGAGGAGCAGAAGUUCUCUGGGAAUGUUGGAAUAAAUUUACAGGAGAAUGGCAGCUUCUCCAGAUCUUCGUCUGCUCAGAACACAGAAGAGAAGAAGAAAUCAACAACAGGAUCAGGGAAUUUGACCCCAGUGUCUCUCCAAUGGAGCUCUAAUCCUGCUGCUAAGCUGUCACAGACAGAAGCCAUCAACACUGAUCAACAGCAAGUGAAUAAACGUAAGCAAGUUCACACCGGAGAAAAACGUCAUUGUUGUUUGGAAUGUGGCAAACAAUUUGCACACAAUAGUAGUCUGCGGAAGCAUAUGAAAAUUCACACUGGUGAGAAGUCUCAUUGCUGUUCCGAAUGUGGAAAGUGUUUCUUACAGAGAAGUGGUCUUAGUAGCCACAUGGCCGUUCAUACUGGGGAGACACCACAUUGCUGUCCAGAAUGUGGUAAAAGAUUCCCACGAAUUUGCAGUCUUCAGAGGCACAGAAGAAUCCAUACAGGAAAGAAAGCUUACUGCUGUCCAGAAUGUGGCAAACAAUUCUUUUAUGGGAGCGCUUUUCGGACACACACACGAAUUCAUACUGGAGAGAAGCCAUAUUGCUGCUCUCAAUGUGGGAAAAGAUUUUCCAACAGUAGCAAUUUGCGGGUUCACAUGCGAACUCAUACUGGAGAGAAGCCAUAUGUCUGUUCUGAAUGCUACAAAACCUUCUCCACAAAGAGCAGUCUUUACAAGCAUGCCAAAAUUCACACUGGAGAAAAACCUUAUUGCUGUCCUGAAUGUGGGAAACGAUUCUUAAGUAGAUGCCAACUUCAAGAACAUAUCAGAAUUCACAAUGGGGAGAAACCUUAUUGUUGUACUAAAUGCGGUAAGAGAUUUUCACACGGCAGUGCCCAUCGUAGCCAUAAAAGAACUCAUACUGGUGAAAAAUCUCACAGCUGUUCAGAAUGUGGCAAACGUUUCUCGGCCAGCUCGAGCCUUAAUAGCCACAUGAGAAUUCACACUGGGGAGAAACCCUUUUGCUGUGUAGAAUGUGGCAAACGAUUUUCACAUAAAAAUAGCCUUCAUAGCCAUACCAGACUCCAACACACUGGAGAAAAACUUCACUCCUGUUCUGAAUGUGGGAAACGAUUCUACGACAGGAUCCGGCUGCAGCGCCACAUGCGAAUUCACACUGGAGAGAAGCCAUAUUGCUGUUCUGAAUGCGGAAAAAGGUACUCGUCCGGUAGAAGUUUCCAGAGGCACAUACAAAUUCAUAGGGGAGAAAAGCCUGUUCUAAAUGUGGCAAACAUCUUUCCCCCUGUCUCCACAAGCAUGGAAAAAGUGAAAGAUGACCAUUGGUGUUCUGAAUGAGGCAACAACAGUACAGUGCUGUAAUAACAACUUAUGCUAAAAGAAACUAAAAAUGUUUACUCACAUAGAGUAAAAUCAUGUUCAGUGCGCAACGCAAACUAACAAGAACUGGCGCUGAAAUGUGAACACAGUAACCAGAUGUUGGUAUUCUUUGUUAGUUUUUUUAUAGGUUUUCUGUGCCAAUUUUGCUUAUCUUUUAUGAAAUUAUAAUACAUAAUAAUUCAUCGUAAAUUAAAGACUGAAUAUGGAAAACUAUUCUUCGCGACUUGAGAGCCACAUCUGAAUUCACACUGGAGAGAAAUCUCACAGUUUUCUGGAAUACAAUGAUUGGUCACACACAGUGGAAGCCUUCAUAAACCCGAAACAAUUCAUGAUGGAGAGAAAACGCCACUGCUGACCCGUAUGAGCGAAAUGAUUCUCAGACAGCAGUGAGCUUCAUAGCCAUUAAGGAAUCUCAUAGCUCUCCUGAAUAUGGCAUUUGAGUCUCCUUCAGCCAUCUUGAGAAACACAAAAGACUUCACAAUGGAAUGGAAAGUCAAAAAAAUAGCAAAGUACCAAGAAAGGCAGUUGGAAACCAAAUCCAUGGAAACUGUGGAAGAACUUUCAAACCCAUCUUGACAUCCUACCAGACUCCAUCAUCUACCAUAUGGGUUACAGAGGGAUGCUUUACUUGAAAUAAUGGAAGUGCUACACUUGAGCAUUGGCUGCACCUCCUCAGGACUGACAUCUACUGCGGUACAAACACUCAUCGAGACUGAACAGGGAAUUCCAUGCCUGUUUGAUUGGUAAGCACGCAAAUCCUAUUUUGGAGGAAUGAACCCCCCCAAAAAAAUAGCCGUAGUAUGAAGGACAAGCGGCUGUGUCAGACUCUGAACCCCAAACUGCCAUACAGGAAGUGAUCUUUGCACCGGGGCAUGUGACGUAAAAUAUAAUAAAACACCCGAGAACAGGAGGAGCUGGCAACAGUACUGUGCUGUGGUAACAACUUCCAACGAGCGAAUGCAACUGAAAAAGUUCAUCGUGGUAAUAAAAAACAAAAAAACUACAGACGUAGAAUAAACUCAAGUUCAGAGUACGACGGAAACCAACAAGAAGUGCUACAGACAACCUGAACGGGGUAACCAGCUCUUGGUUUCUUUGGUAACUGUUAUACGUUCUUCCUCAGCCUAUUUUGUUUAUCUUUUGUCCUUUUUUUUCCCCCCUCAUAGUGUUCAUUUCUGACAUGGUUUACGUUCUAAAAUGGUGUUUUCGGAGAGUUUGGAAUGUUUUGUAUCUUCGACACCAUCUUGAUCGCAUUUUUUUCGCAUUUUCACGCCGUCUCGUUUUUCAUGCAUGUUGUCGUUUUUAUGAGUCCCUCUUGUUUGCCAGGGGGCUUGGCGUCGGAGGUCGUGGCACCUGACGUCACUGAUACAGCAGGCUGCCCGUGAUGCCCUCUCCUCAUUUGAGUUUGUGGGUCAUUCAAAGGAAAUCUCUCUGGUUGUUGCUUUGCUCGUUAUUUGGUACUAACGGACCUCUUAUUGACUUCCACUUUGCUUUUUGAAUUACGAUUAGAAUUUGAUGAGAGAUGUGCCAGAUUGUGGAUUACAGCGUGUAUCUCCUGGUCAUCCCCGUUAUUCAAAAUGUGUCACAUUUUCCUUUACAGCCUUUGAUGUUUGUUACUACUUCUGUAUCCUUAUUGCUAUUUGAUUGUAUUGUCCUAUUUGUUAUUUAUCUUUAUUAUUGUUGUUUAAUUCAUUGUAAGGCAGGGGUCCCCAACUCCGGUUCUGGAGGGUCACAG